AAAAAAAAUAGCAUCUUUAGCAAAAUCACAGACAAGACAUAGUUACAGUCGAGGGCGUAAUGUACAAUUUCAACUAAAAUAUCAUGACCAUAUUGAUAAGUAAACUUAAUACAUUUUUUAUUUUGGCUUUAUUCCAUGUGUUUUAUGUUCUUCCUGUUCUCGCGGAAGUGACGAAGGAAGGCUCCGAGGAAUGAACGAAAAUGGCCAUUAUCCCCCACCGGACUUCGGCUGUCCUCCACCGAACUCCAUUCAACCCUUCCAGCAGCCCCAGCAGCACCAGCAGCGGCCGCGCUCCAGCGGCUUCCACCCCAACAUGUGGAGCUGGUGCGAGACGCCCUCCGAGCCCAGCUGGGACUACGGCGACCAGGCGGCCUGGCAUCACGGGGCACCGGCACCGUUUGGUUUCCCAUCAGGUCGUGGAGGCCACCCGCCCAAACGUCCAUACGGUCAAAACUUUGGUCGUGAAUGGCAUCAAGGUGGGAGGCAGAAUUACGGACCCCCAGGCAACCAUGGAAAAAAGCAGAGAAAUAAAAAAGGACCAGAGUAUUCCCAUUUCUGUGACACAUGUGACCGGGGUUUCAAGAACCAGGAGAAGUAUGAUGAACAUUUGUCUCAGCACGUCAAGUGUUCUGUGCCCGACUGCAGCUUCACAGCUCACGAAAAAAUAGUCAGCAUCCACUGGAAAAAUAACCACGCACAAGGAAUGAAAAGAAUCAAGCUGGACACACCAGAGGAGAUUGCAAAGUGGAGAGAGGAGAGGCGCAAAAACUAUCCCACACUUCAGAACAUCGAAAAGAGGAAAAAAGUGAUGGAGGUGCGGGAGGAGACCGGAGGCGUUCUAGAGACAGCUCAGUUUGGACGAAUGAGAGGCAGAGGACGGGGUCGGGGUCGGGGUCGAGGUCGCGGUCGCGGUUGGGGUAACAGAGGGUUCCAGGAGGGACAGCCACGAGGCCCUCACUCAUUGGACAGAGGUGCCACGGAGAGACCCCCAACCCUCACCCAGCCACGCAGGGACGGGGAUCCACUGGGAGCACUGGCCAGCAGUGACCACGAUUCUGAUAGAGAAGAUCCCGCUGCCGAGUCCAGGACUGGUGGCCUGGUUGUGGCCCCUAAACAGAUGAGCUCAGCUCUGGGCUCCUUGGUGGCAAACUACGGCUCCUUGAGCGAGAGCGAAAGUGAUGAAGAACCAGAGACCACCCCUAUUCAGAGAGCCAAAGACCUUGUGCAAGAAAACCAGGUUCUCCUAAACACAAUACCCCCGGACUCCCCGGACAGGGGGUCCUAUAGAGUCAAGGAGACCUCUUCACAGGGCACAGAAACUAACAAAGUCCCCCAGCCUGACUCUGCUCUUUACACACCCAACAGCCGAAGAGGGAGGGGGGGAAGAGGAGGCAGAGGAGGAAGGGGAGGAAGGGGUGGUAGACACCAAGAUACACCUCAGAAACACUGUCCUACUCUACUUGAGAUGUUACUUGCCCCAGAUAUCCGCCAUGAGAGGAAUGUCCUCCUGCAGUGUGUGCGCUAUGUUGUCCGCAACAACUUCUUUGGCCUGGAGAGCAGACCUCAGCUCCAAAAAGGGGUCGGGGCUACACCAGCUGUCACAACCGGAGAGCGUGAAGGGGGGCAGAAAAAGCCAUCGAAGGGAGUCAGGGCUGUGUCCCAGUCUGCCUCUCCGGUUGGUGGAGAGAGAGGUCCAGCACAAAGUGGCACGGCAGUCCCAGAAGUUGGCAGUCAGGGGGAUUUAGAUUCCGGUAAAGCUGUUGUAGUCGACCAGUCUUUGCGAGAAAACUGUCUGGACCCGGGUUUAGUUACUGGCCAAUUUUGUUCAGAACAAUCUGAGGAUCCUCCUGUGGACUCAGCAGCCAGUGGUGAGCGGGUUGCAGGGGAUUUCAUCCAAAGGGCUGAAGAGACAACUGCCAGCAACUGCCGCAGCCUCGAGUUGAAAGUCACAGAUAAAAUCACAUCUGCCUGUAAUGUGUAUGAUGAUGAAAUAUGGGAGAGCCAUGGUGAUGUUUUGUGAAAUCCUAGCAAAUUAUUAUAAUGGAUUAAUCUUUUGUUCUAAAACAAAACUGAGACAUUCAGAUUUUUCUGUUAAUAUGCUUCUGUCCACAUAUUUUC